AUGGCGAGGCAGCAUCCGAGGUCGCGGGCGGAGGCGGCCGCGGACGCGGCGUCGUGGUGCCUCGCGCUGUCGGCUCUGGCGGCGGUGCUGCUGGUGUGCGCGACCGGCGCCGCCACCGGCGAGGAAGGGGAGACGGUGCGCGGCGCGUCGCUGUCGGCGCGGUGGCGGCCGUGCGAGCAGAUGUACGUGGUGGCGGAGGGGGAGACGCUGCACGGCAUCAGCGACCGGUGCGGCGACCCCUACAUCCUGGAGCGCAACCCGCACGUCCACGACCCCGACGACGUCUUCCCCGGCCUCGUCCUCAGGAUCACGCCCUCCAUUUCCAACUCCCCAUAG